CCCUCAAUCCCCCUCCCUUCCCAAACACGCGGUCCCCCUUCUCCCACUUGGCUGCGGAGCCUGGGCUGGGCGCGGGGGAGGCGGGGGGCAUCGCGGAGGGGAUCCCGCCCCCUCCCCCGGCCGCUCGGUGCCCCCACACCCACGUGAGCGCAGGGCCGGCCCGGAUCCCGCCCGCAGCAUAGCGCGUCCCGGCUCCGCGCCGGUGCCUCCACCGUCCGGUACCCGCGCCGGUGCUGCACAGUCCCUGGCGGGUCCCCGCGGCCCCGGCCGGGCGCUUCGCCGGGCUCCGGCUCCUGCAUCCGGGCGCAGCGCGCAGGCCGAGGCGCGGGCAGGCCGCCCCCGCCGCUCCGGACGCCGCAAGGAGAAGCAGCACUGUGGUUUCAGGAGAUGGGUCCAUUUGGAGCAGGAUCCUAAGUGGGGCUUGGCAUUGGGAAUUUGGAUUAGCUCUAGAGGACGCAGGAUCUGGAAACCCAGGGCAGAUGUCCUAUCCCUUGGAUAUGGUGGGGAGUUGAGGAGGGCCCAGAAAAGCCAGUGGCAGCAAAACACAAAGGCCAGGGACCUACGUACUGAUAAAACUGAGACCUCCAAGAAACCUGCAGCUCGACCUGGUUGAAUUCAGAUAGACCAUGAGCAGCCAUGGCAACAGCCUGUUCCUGCGGGAGAGCGGCCAGCGGCUGGGCCGGGUGGGCUGGCUGCAGCGGCUGCAGGAAAGCCUGCAGCAGAGAGCACUGCGCACGCGCCUGCGCCUGCAGACCAUGACCCGUGAGCACGUGCUGCGCUUCCUGCGCCGAAACGCCUUCAUUCUGCUGACGGUCAGCGCCGUGGUCAUUGGGGUCAGCCUGGCCUUUGCCCUGCGCCCAUAUCAGCUCACCUACCGCCAGAUCAAGUACUUCUCUUUUCCUGGAGAGCUUCUCAUGAGAAUGCUGCAGAUGCUGGUGUUACCGCUCAUUGUCUCCAGCCUGGUCACAGGUAUGGCAUCCCUGGACAACAAGGCCACGGGGCGGAUGGGGAUGCGGGCAGCUGUGUACUACAUGGUGACCACCAUCAUCGCAGUCUUCAUCGGCAUCCUCAUGGUCACCAUCAUCCAUCCCGGGAAGGGCUCCAAGGAGGGGCUGCACCGGGAGGGCCGGAUCGAGACCAUCCCCACAGCUGAUGCCUUCAUGGACCUGAUCAGAAAUAUGUUUCCACCAAACCUUGUGGAGGCCUGCUUCAAACAGUUCAAGACGCAGUACAGCACGAGGGUGGUAACCAGGACCAUCGUGAGAACAGAGAACGGGUCUGAGCUGGGUGCCUCCAUGCCUCCUCCAUUCUCAGUGGAGAACGGAACCAGCUUCCUGGAAAAUGUCACUCGGGCCUUGGGUACCCUGCAGGAGGUGCUGAGCUUUGAGGAGACUGUACCCGUGCCUGGCUCCGCCAAUGGCAUCAACGCCCUGGGCCUCGUGGUCUUCUCUGUGGCCUUUGGGCUGGUCAUUGGUGGCAUGAAACACAAGGGCCGAGUCCUCAGGGACUUCUUCGACAGCCUCAAUGAGGCUAUUAUGAGGCUGGUGGGCAUCAUUAUCUGGUAUGCACCUGUGGGCAUCCUGUUCCUGAUUGCUGGGAAGAUUCUGGAGAUGGAAGACAUGGCCGUCCUGGGGGGUCAGCUGGGCAUGUACACCCUGACCGUCAUCGUGGGCCUGUUCCUCCAUGCUGGCGGCGUCCUUCCCCUCAUCUACUUCCUCGUCACUCACCGGAACCCCUUCCCCUUCAUUGGGGGCAUGCUACAAGCCCUCAUCACCGCUAUGGGCACGUCUUCCAGCUCCGCAACGCUGCCCAUCACCUUCCGCUGCCUGGAGGAGGGCCUGGGUGUGGACCGCCGCAUCACCAGGUUCGUGCUGCCCGUGGGCGCCACGGUCAACAUGGAUGGCACUGCCCUCUACGAGGCCCUGGCUGCCAUCUUCAUUGCUCAAGUUAACAACUACGAGCUCAACCUGGGUCAGAUCACAACCAUCAGCAUCACGGCCACAGCGGCCAGUGUUGGGGCUGCUGGCAUCCCCCAGGCGGGUCUGGUCACCAUGGUCAUUGUGCUCACAUCGGUCGGCUUGCCCACGGAAGACAUCACGCUCAUCAUCGCCGUGGACUGGUUCCUUGACCGGCUUCGCACAAUGACCAACGUACUGGGGGACUCAAUUGGAGCGGCCGUCAUCGAGCACUUGUCUCAGCGGGAGCUGGAGCUUCAGGAAGCUGAGCUCACCCUCCCCAGCCUGGGGAAACCCUACAAGUCCCUCAUGGCGCAGGAGAAGGGGGCAUCCCGGGGACGGGGAGGCAACGAGAGUGCUAUGUGAGGGGCCUCCAGCUCUGCCCCCCAGAGAGGAGGGAAGGGGGCUGGGGAGGGGAGUCCUGGGGACACAUCUGUCACCCAACUGACCAUGGGCUGAACACACGUUCUGCUUGACUCGUUUAGGGGGGAGGGAAAAGUGAAAUAAAGGAGCAGGAAUGAAAGGUAUAUAA